GGCAGCUCGGGAAAAUCUUUCAGUCUAUCGCGGCCCGUUGUUCACGUCUGACGUGUGUGUAAGAGAGAGUUUGUUUUCUGCGCUCGGGAAAAUCGCUUCGUUCGGUUCUAAGGCGCCGGGAAAAACCGCGUUUCAGUCGCUCGUGGGACUCGCGCGUGUGUAUUUGUGUGGCGGCGUAUUGUAGUGAGUCGUUUUUCCCAUCUGAUUUCGAUCCGAUCGAAAGUACGAAAAUAUUCGCUAAAUUUUGUGCGUGUGUACUGGAAAAUAUACUGUGAAGAUUGAUUGUUGAUCGUGAGAUUUGUGGAAAAGUUUAGUGGGGAUAUUUUGCGGAAUUGUUGACUACUUGAGGAAGAAAAGCCGGUCCUAAAACAAUCGAGCUCAGUGUUGACAAAGUCAGUUCAAGUCAAGUCAAAAUCAGCAAAGAAAACGGUUGAAUUUGGAGAAUCGUAAACGAGUCGUUUGUUGUUGUUGACAAUUGUCACAAGUGAGAUUUUCGUCCCAGUAGACAAAGAGAAACAUCGUCACUUGCGAAGCAAGUCAGCUGUGUAUUUGUGUGUUUGUUAUCUCGAGAAUCACGUGUGAACUACAACAGGAAAAAGAUCAUCAGUGAGUGAGAGAGCAAAAGGAGAAAAAAAUACGACGACGAGAGCAGCUGUAAUCGGCGGAAAAUCUUCACAACCGCAAGAAAUCGUGCAAACGAGGGUCACUGCUCGGCGUUCUCCGCACUCGAUGGUGUUGUCUUUUUUAAUUUAAUUUAGUACACAUUCUGGAUGACCCUGGGGUUAUGCAACAGUCGCCUGGUGCCCAGUUGUGUCCCGGUAGCGCAGCGCUGACGACGGCCAAUGAGUGGAACGGGCGCGAGAAAGCCGCCACCGCAGACCUUUGCCGCAGCAUCCGCCGACGAGUUGUCUGGUGAAGAAGCAGAACGUCGUCGUCGCACCGUUCGCUAGUGAAAGAGUGUGUUUGGGUGUGUUGAUACAGAGAAGAAGAAUCGGUUGAAGGGUUAAGCCACCGGUGUUGUUGAUGUUUUCCGUUGUUGAGCGUUUGUUUGUUUUGGUUUUUUGUUGAGCCAGUGUUGCCAGCGUGAAGUUGUUGUAGCGAAGGUGAAGAAUAUUCGCUUGUGUUUUCGUGUUAUCCAGGAAGAAAAGAAGGAAAAGAUCGAACCAUGCAGCACCACCCAGGUUCGUGGUACAUCCCGUGGGGCGUUCCGGGCAUGGGUCUCCAGAAGAUGCUGGCGGUCCCGUUCAAUCCGGCCCAGGCCGGCUACCACCAGCCACAGAUUGCGGCCGCCGCUGUCCAACCUCCACCCCAGGUCCAAUCGGCCGCCAGCCAGCAGCAACAGGCCGCAAGCCAACAGGCCUCCGCCUAUCAGCACCAGCUGCAGCACCACCACCACCACCCAGCUGCAGCGCUGCACAAUCCGGCUGCGGCCGCCGCUGCCGCAGCUAUGCAGCAUCAACCGCUCCAUCCGGCCGCUGCGGCCGCCAUGUUCACUCCGCUAACCCUGCGCUCCUUCGUAACCCAUCCCCACCUUAACCUUGGCCAGCAGCCGAUGGCUACGGCGGCCCAACAGCCCCAGCACACGCCCUCGGGACUCCCCGGCCAAACGACGCUCAGUCUGAACAUGGCUUCGAUGCGCCAGCAGCAGCAGCAACAGCAACAACAACAGAAUCAGCAGCAACUCCAACAGCAGCAGCAGCAGCAGCAGCAACAUCUGGCGCAGAAGGCAGUGAUGCCGGUGAACGCCGCCGCACUGUCCACCAGUACGCUCAUCAUGCCGAUGAGAAAGAUCAUUAUGUCCGAGAAGGACAAAAACAAGUUGGUCUCAACGGAGAAGCGGAAAGCCGACGAAUGUGAACCUGUGAAAGAUCUCAAAAAGGCUAAGCUGGAAACCAAAGCGCUGAAAGCCAAACGGCCUGGCUUCACGGACGAGCGAUACCACGAAACGUCCUACUACAUCGAGAAUGGCCUCCGGAAGGUGUACCCGUACUACUUCACCUUCACCACGUUCACCAAGGGCCGCUGGGUGGGCGAGAAGAUCCUGGACGUGUUCGCGCGCGAGUUCCGGGCCCACCCGGCCGAGGAGUACGAGCGGUGCAUCAAGGCCGGCACGCUGACGGUCAACUACGAGAAAGUGCCAACGGACUAUAGGUUAAAGCAUAACGAUCUCCUGGCGAACAUCGUGCACAGACAUGAAGUUCCAGUUACUAGUCAACCAAUCACAAUAGUGCACAUGGACGACGAUAUUGUGGUUGUGAAUAAACCGGCAUCUAUACCUGUCCAUCCGUGCGGCCGCUAUCGCCACAACACGGUGGUGUUCAUCCUGGCGAAGGAGUACAACCUGAAGAACCUGCGCACGAUCCACCGAUUGGACCGGCUGACGUCGGGCCUGCUGCUGUUCGGCCGGAGUCCGAAGAAGGCCCGCCAGAUGGAGCACCAGAUCCGGAACCGGCAGGUGCAGAAGGAGUACAUCUGCCGGGUGGAGGGCGAGUUCCCCGACGGCAUCAUCGAGUGCAAGGAACCGAUCGAGGUGGUCAGCUACAAGAUCGGCGUGUGCAAGGUGUCCCCGAAGGGCAAGGAGUGCACCACCACCUUCCAGAAGCUGGGCUACAACGGCAGCAGCAGCGUCGUGCUGUGCAAACCGCUUACGGGCCGAAUGCACCAGAUCCGCGUGCACCUGCAGUAUCUGGGCUACCCGGUGGUGAACGAUCCGCUGUACAACCACGAGGUGUUUGGUCCGUCGAAGGGCCGCGGCGGGGACAUCGGCGGCAAGAGUGACGAACAGCUGGUCAAGGAUCUGAUCAACAUUCACAACGCGGAGAACUGGCUCGGCAUCGACGGGGACUCGGAGCUGUCGAUGUUCAAACCGAUGAAGAACGACCUGGAGGAUGGAAAGGGACCAAUUCUGAGCGAUGACGAUUCAGAGAGCGUGUCCCGGGAGGCGUCUCCCUGCUCGGAAAGCCCCCGGCCGGUGUCGCUGGGCAGCGAAAGUCCGAACGAAAACAUGUGUGCCUCGAUGCUGAGCUCGAACGUGGUGACGACGCUCAACACGUCGUCCAGCGUCGGAACCAGCACCAGCAGCAACAGCGUCGGCGUCGGAAGCAACAGCGUCGUCGUCAGCCACAUCGUCAGCAGCAGUUCGCAGUCCGUGUCGAGCUCGGCGGCCGCCGCAGUCGUCGCCAUCAACGCCCGGCUGCAGUCGCAGAAGGUAACGGUGGCCACCCAGACCGGCCACGAGUCGCCCGAUCUGGCCUUCAACCCGGACAAGAUGACCACGGACAAGCACUGCUACGAGUGCAAGGUGCGGUACCGUGACCCGAAGCCGCAGGAUCUGGUCAUGUAUCUGCACGCCUGGAAGUACAAGGGCCCAGGCUGGGAGUACGAAACCGAGCUGCCCGAGUGGGCUCGCGUCGACUGGCACGACAACGACUUUGAAUGAAUGGCGUUGGAUGAUGGCUACGUCGACGAGUACGACGGCGAUUACCUUCACAACAACAACGACGACGACCACUACACGCACUUUUACUAUUACUGUCCCGGACUAUCCUCCUGAACCAAAUAUUUGAAGGAAUGAAAAAAAAACAAGGCAUAACUUGUUUUGAGAACGAAAAAAAAACGCCCAAACUAAUUCAAAGCCACACCCCUUCUUACGGAGAGCGACGCAAACCAACUGUGACCAAAACGUGUGUGAUGAUGAUGAAAAUGCAUUGUAGAAGAAGAAGCAAAAAGACAAAUAGCAGCCAAAGCUCCAGUUUGUUGGCGACCAAAAGAGUUAAAACAAUAAUAAUAACUAAAGUAACGCAAGAAAAACCUUUAUAUAGAGAUUUACGCAGCUGGAAGACGAGGGAGAAAAAGAAGAAGCUACAAACGACGAAGCAAGAAGGAGGCGACCAGAAGCGAUGCCUGUUGCUCAACUCAGCAACAGAAGUAAUAACGGUUUAGUGUGUAAGUUUUAGUGGGUAAUGUUGAGCGAACGAGAGCCAGAGAAGGAAGAAUACGACGUGAAAAAAUAGUAAUUCUUAAAUCAAAGCAGCAACAAGCGACAAAAAAGAGAUGAAAUUUGUACAGUAGACGCGCUUCUUUUUUAUACGCAACGCGUAAUGUUUUUAUUUCGAUAGCUAGAGAGAGGUCUAUACAAACACUUCAACACAAACACUCACAGCUUGGGGAAGAAAGCCGAAAAUGGAAAAUUACAGCAAAAAGUACGUAAACUGCUUUUGCUGCGCAAAACUGUCAAACGAUCGAAGUAGGCAUCCUCACUUUUGAUUAAUUUUCAAUUUUACUGACAGCUGCUUGGAAGAUUUAAACGUUUUUUUCUCAAAUAAUGAACUUUAAUAAAUCACUGAACUCUCCACCGAGUGAAAAACAAACGAUUUAAUUUGCCGCCCCUCGAAACCAAAAUCGCUUUGCGGUUCCGAAAUUUGUGACAACAAUUUCGCCUGCGGCGGCUCCCCAACCGACCGUGUUUAUGGUCGAUUUAAUUAAGUGGAAUUGAAUUUUAAUAUUUGCCAAAAAUUAAUUUCAAUGCUGUGGGGGAGUGGAACUAAUUUAUGUUGCGAAAAAAGGGGGUGAGGAGGGGACAAUGCCGCUCUGUUUACAAAUUGUAGAGGGUGGAGAGCAAACCGCCGAAAGAACAAAAAAAUGCAAUUCACGUCAUUGACGCGGCUCUUAUUGGCGGCCGCAGGGCGGCUGAAAUAUGAUCGAGAGCGUUAAAGUGCAUUCAGUGUGAACGGGGUUGCAAGUUGGGGGAGGAGUUUUGAUGUAUGUUUCUUUAUUAAUUAAAACAUUCUGAGAAAAUUUCUUUUUGUCGAAUAGAACUUACUAACAGAGGAAAAUUACAAUUGGGAGAUAAUUUAUCAUUGAAAGUUAAAUAUUAAAAAUCAACUAAUUUUCAAGAUUCAAAACUUAUCUUUUUUGUUUUGAUGCAAAAAAAAAAAAUCAUAAGAUGCUUAAGUUCUUUCCGUAGUCAUACAGAAUUUUUUGAAUAUUAACAAAUUGUGGAAGCUCGUUUUUUCAGAAACUUUUACGUUUUUUCAAAUCUGUAAUAUCGAAUUAUUUUUUUUAAAGAAGCUUGAAAUUGUCCACUGGAUUGAAAAUUGUAAAAUUAUUGUUAAUUUUCAAUUUAAUCCAAAAUAUUAACAAUUGAUUAUCAGUACAUGAUAAAGAUUCAUUAUCGAAAUACGAUGAAAUUAUCAACGAUAACUUUCUUCCUAAAAUAAGCUAAGGCCAUUGCUAUUUUUUUCAAGUUUUUGUCACUCCUCAAAAAAUCAGGGGGCAAAUAGAUAAUUAUUGACUUUAAUUGAUAUUUUCAAAGAAAAAACUUGUUAAACCAAUUGAAAACUAUUCAGAAUAGAUCGUUUAACUCUUUUUCAUGCAUUUUCAAUGAAAAAGACUUUUAAUAUUUUAGGAAAAAUGAAAUUUUGAAACCACAGAUUAUAAAUUCAUAAAGCAUUUUGCGAUACUUUUUGUUUCAAAAUUUCGAAAACCAGGCUUGAAAUUAAUUUGACCAGAACCGUGGGACAAAAACUUUACAUACAAUUUGUACCAGCCUUAUUAAACCUAAUUUACUCAGUUUUUAAAAACUGUGCUGCAAGCUUAAUAGAUCUAGUAAUAAACAAAAUGUUUUUUUUUUUGUUAAACGCCGAUGCCGAAGUAUUUUUCAAGGUUUAUGUCGCCCUCCCCCCUCCCCUUUUAUCAAAAUUGGUUUGAAAAAUCAGGGGGCAAAAAAAAAGUUU